UACUUCACGUUUGUCAUAGCGCCAUCAGGAGAACUGAAAUGCGAGAUGUCGCUAACAAACAAGGAUAUUUUCGGUGUUCUGAGGGGAAGGUGUAGUGAGUGCGAAGAUUGCAAGCAAUACAUAACCGAAAGCGAACGUCAUCCACCGCAGCUGAAGUGCCUGUAUUGUAGCCACAGCCCUGGUUCACACAAUAAGCUUCAGACACUGGAUGGAGCGCAAUUAGAUGCCGCAAAAAGGCCGCGUCUUGAAGCUCAGGAAGGAAGUUCUUCGAGCAGAGGACAGUGCCUGGAGAGCACAUCAGAAAGCGGAUCCGACAAGCAGGACGAUGAAGAGGCAGUCACCGGGGCGAUGGAGUGCCUCACAAACUUGUCUCAGUGCGCAUCCCAUGCCGAUUACGCAGCUGUCGAACCAGCUUCUGAUACAGUUCAAGGGUGGUCUACUACUGAGAGCCACAGACACUCAGCCAGAGCCGUACCAGGGAAACAUUUGCACCCCAACAGGUUCAGGACCGAAUUAUAAUUCUCAUGAAUAUUUUCCAUUAUUCUGUUCCUAUGAACUGUCGUGUAAGGACCUCUUGCACCAACAUUAUUUGUUAUGUGGUUACAUGAUAACUGAUACAUGAUGACAUGACAUGAUAACUGCAGAGGUAAAGAUAAAAGAACUCUCAACAGCCACAUUCCUUGCAAUACGUAGUUAAAAAUACUCUGAUAAGAUUAAAACACGUGGAGGAAGUAGCAGUGCUUAGAGGUGUGCCUUGUUACAUGAGGGUGAUUUUGCUGUUUUUAACUAUUGUCCAAGUACUUUGUGGUGGAGAUUAAUUUUACUUGGAUAUUUUUGCAGUUGACCUACCAAGUACCUGUGUCGCGGAUGCACAAAAGCAAAAGGUUCGUAAACAUUCGUGCUCAA